AAUUAAUCCCUACAACAACAACGCAAAUCUGCAAACCUGUUGAGUGGCGCUAAGUUUGAAAAGUGGAAACGACCAAGGUUUCGGUGUUGAGAUGACUGCUAGACGUAGUCUGCUGCUCUCAAAAAGUUUGAUUGGAAAUUUUGCUUAGCUUAGCAAUGUAGUUGGUGUUUCUCUUUGUUUGUGCUCUCUCCUGAUUGUUUUCAAUUGGAUUCGGUUCACUUGUCAAACAAAUGCUACUUGUUACUCUAUUUAUCUAUAAACUAUAUAAGAGUCCUGUUCCGACAUUAUUUAUCAUAGGUUAGAAAUUGUUUAUGUCAUGAAUUCUAAAGCGUGGAAGGUGUCAGCUAGCAUAAUCAUUGCCUUGCGGUCGACCGUGUCGCGUGAUUCUACACCAAAGGUGGAAUGCCCGAAUAGGAUUUCCCGAGGUGUCAGCCCAGGAUACAGUACAUCUGACAAGAGUAAUAUAAACCUUUUGUGUGUACGAAGAGGGGAGACUGAUAGACACUUACCAGGAAUUCAUGUAUUUCCUGGAGGACACAUGGAAGCUGCUGACAGUAGUCCUGCAUGGAUUGAGUUGUAUCGGUCCUUUGGGUAUGAAGAUAACAGCUUUCACAGCAUAUCAACAGGUGGUGGAAUAGAACAUAUGCCUGACUAUAAGGAGUCGAGGAGUUCAUGUAUACCUGGCUGGAUGUCACUACGUUUAUGUGCUAUAAGAGAAACAUUUGAAGAAAGUGGAAUCCUGUUGUGUCGUAGCCCAAGUGCGGUUGAGCAAGGACUUCCUUUUGCAUCUUUCGUUGUUCUCAAUGAGCUUACUGCAUGGCAAAGUCGAGUGAGAGCAGAUCCGCGUCAAAUGUUGGCUUUGUGCCAUGCAGUUGGGUGUGUUCCCGAUUUGUGGGGACUUCACCUAUGGAGUAACUGGCUUACACCAACUCAACAACGCAUUCGUCACAAUUCGGUGUUCUUCCUUGCAAAUUUACAUUCUUUACCUCCGUAUGCUUUAGAUAAAUCUGAAAUGGAUGAGUUAAAGUGUUCAAGUGCUUGUGACCUUAUUGAACAAGCAGAAUCUAGAGAAAUUCGUUUUGCCAAUCCGCAGUUCUAUGAAGUUCUUCGUCUUUCUACAUUUAAAGACCAUCAAGCACUAGCUUCUUUUGCUUCUCUUAGAGCCCAACAUGGUUGUAUUCGUACUAUGCCUGUUCAAGAAAAAGUUAAAGAUGGUCUAUUGUGUAUUCUGCCAGGUGACUCAAAAUAUCCUCUAAAUAUUGAUUGUCAAACAUUCUCAGAAUUUGUUAAAAGGGACAAAUCCUUCGAAGAGCUGCGCAACCAAGUAAAAGAAGAAAAGGGAAUUUUACACAGGAUUGAAAUACCACGUGAUGGUCCAUGCCAAAAGGUUAUAACAGAAAAUUACAUCCCCCCACAUAAACAUGUGUCACCUAGCAGAGUGAAUUUUACUAAAAAUUCCAAUAAAAGUUCAUUGUGAGACCAAUA